AAUGCCAUGUUGAUUACGGUUAGAAUGAAUCUCCCCUCUCUGGGGCCCCCGAAACGAAAUGCAGAAAAGAAAGCUUAGAUUUACGGUCGGUAUACUCAUAUAGGUGUAGCUACGUCACGCACGGCCCGAAUAAGGGUAACCAUAUACUCAGAAAUUGAUGACGUAGUACACAUUACAAGUGCACUAGUUUGGAAACAUCGGAGAGGAAAUAUUCUGGAAAAGACAUAUGAGAAUAAGUGUAAAAGCUACGAAGAAAAGAGAAUAGAUGAACCGCCAUUUUGGAAUCUUGUGAUAGUAUUCGAGGGCGCUGCCGGGGGAAUUUCGUGAUUAAGUGUGAGUAAUUCUGCUAAGAUAUAUCUUGGAAUAUUACGUGUAACACUAGGCAUACACCAAGAUGAGUAGCGGAGGAAAGGAAGAGAAUCUUGAGGUGAUAUGUAAUGUGUGUGACAAUUUUGAAUGUCAUGUGUUCAAGAAGAAUGUGUGUCGAAAUUGUUUCCAUAGCAAAGAGGAGCAUGUCUCCAGUAAUGGCGACCAGGAAGUGUUGUCAGGGAAACGGGACAUCAACCAACCAUUCGAUGACACCGGUAAGUCUAAAGACUUAAAUUUAUUGGGUGAUAAGAACCGACCAAAAAGUAUCGUUGGACUCAGUAAAUCAUCGUCAGACAUUUUGAAAAAAUCUACAGAAAAUUUGAAAGAUGGAGCUGAUGUCAAAACAGAUUCCAAAAAUAAGGGAAAACCACCGGAGACCGCCCCUAAAUCAAAACCCCCCGAGACGGCCCCCAAAUCUAAAGCACCAGGUAAAUUGGUGACAGGGGCGUUGAGCGUCAAGGAAAGACUGGAACUAAAACAGAAAUCGGGGGCGGCGUCAGAUUCUAGCAAGAAACCUGCGCAGAGCACGGAUCCAGAGGUCAAAGGUAAUGUGUCAUCACUGUCGACGUCACAGGGUUCAAAGAAGCAGACGACAGCAGACAAUAAAAACACUCCAGUGGAAACAUCAGACACCAAACCGGGAGACAGUAAGAAACAGGGGCUGACGACAACUAAGGUUUUCACUAACUCCAAGCUCGCGGGUAGUUCUUUACUCUCGCAGGAUAAAGGGCUGUUAUCAAGCUUAGGGAAAAAACAGCCCUUUGAUAAAAAGGAUAGUGGCUCACAAAUACAGGCAAAGGACAGUAUUACGUCUGACAAAACCACUUCAAAAACAUCAACAAAAUCGGAGGAAACUAGCAGCAAAAAAACAUCCAUAACUUCAUCGAAAGCGGACGACGGUAGUAAAGUAAAGCAAUUAGCGGCAAAAUCUGAGGAAUUUGGCAGUAAGAGCAAACACACUACAUCAAAACUCGACGACAAGGGGAAGGUGACCACUUCAAAAACAGAGGAAAUUUCUAAUAAAUUCAAACAGCUGAGCGGCAAAUCACAAAUUGGCAGUAACAAAGACGGACAGAUUGAUACAAAAUUUAACAGCCUUGGUCGUAAGAAGGUGGGAGUAAAAGAUAAAUUAGGUGAUACUAGUACACCUACUGGCGAUAGCAGCAGCAGCAGCUCAGGUACUGAUAAGUCCUCGUCGUCAAAGGAGCAGGGCAUUUCGCACCGGGCUACGUCAGACACAGGCAGCGCUACAGCAACAGGCGAUAAACCUACUGCACAUUCUUCCCCUGGCGUAAACAAAUCACUAACCAGUAGUUUGACCUCGCGCUUCGGAGGCAGCAAGCAUGGGACAGCUCCGGACAAUAAAUCCGAGGCCGUUCAAAAUGGAGCGGCGACGAAGGGAAAACUUGAGCUUCUUACAGCAGAAAAGGCCAAAGUAAACGAAGAAUUAGAUUCACUGAGGAAAAAAUUAAACGACAUGGAAGGAAAAUGUCAUGUUCUCGAAGACGAGAAUAAGAGGUUGAAAGACGGAAUGACGGAAAAAGAAAGGGAUGAAAGCAAGGUAUUACUGGCAAAGCAAGAUGUUGAGAAUGCUAUUGUUGGGCUGAAGGGUCAAUUAACUUCCAUGGAAGGGCGAUGUUUAAAACUAGAGGAGGACAAUACCUUAUUGUCCGAUAGACUUAAAGAACAACACGUACAGCAGCAGCAACACCACGAACAAAACAUAGAAAACCAUGACGUCACUACAGAAAUAGCCGAUAUGGAACAACAAGUUGACGCUUCGGAAGCUAUUGUUUCUGAUCUUCAUUACGAAAACGAGGAGUUACGAAAGGAAAUUCAAGAUCUCAAAGUAGAAAUGGAUGAAAUGUAUGAUAGCUUCCGAGAUCAGGAAGCUGAAGAAUUCCGGGACCUCCAACGUGAACUUGAAAUUACUGCAAAAAAUUGCCGUAUUCUUCAGUUUAAAUUAAGAAAGGCAGAACGUCAGAAUGAAAGCGUUGAAGCUGAUCGCCUUCAGUAUGAGGAUAAACUUCGGACGUUACAAAAUCAGUUUAAAGACGAAGAUGCACGCGCCCAUAUCAGAUCGAUUGAACAGGAAUUACAAAUGGCAAAGGAAGUGUCAGUUCGUUUACACGACGAGUUAGACAUAAUGGAGGACAGAAGGUCAAAGGUCGAAGAAGAAAACUUGCAUCUAACUGACAUUCUAGAAAAAUCGGAUAAAAAGCAGUUUCGCCUUGAGAUGGAAAUAGAUAAGCUAAAGAUAAAAUUGUAGAUCUACAGAACCAGCUCGCCAAUAGAACCGAGAGGGAAUCCCCGGCAUGUGAUGACGUCACAGAGAGACGAUCCAAAUAUUCCAUUUACCUUGACAGCAGUGUGGACUAGAGCUCACAUCCCUGUAGUCGGCAUGACAACAGUCACUUCAGUGUUGCUAGGCGACAAUACAAUGCAUCAUGGCGGAUCUUGAAUCCAGACAGGAACCGGAAGCAGAGAGUCCAUUUUUGAAGCGUGUGAAUCGUUCCAACGUUAGUGGUGCAUUGCUAUAGGUCAAAGUUCAAAGUGCUUAUGUGUCACUAAAGUGUGGUUGGUCUUCGCGUACAUGUAGGUGUAAAGGAUUUCCUGGUUUAUUUGAUCAUUAUUUUACGAACUAACAAUUUGCUACAGCAUGCUGCAAAUGAUCAAACGUGUGAUCGCGCUAAAAUAGCUAUAUAUAGACAUUUGUCGCUGAUAACAUUACAAACAUAGUUCUCACGGUGUCUCAAUUGUUUGAAAAUCAAUUUCUUUUUCAAAUUGAAUUUUAACACAAUAAAUAAAUUAAUAUUCUUCUUUCUAGUUCUCUCUGUGUCCUCACUUAUUUCUUUAUACUUCACGUAUUUAUUUAUUUAUCUAUUUAUUUAUCUUUGUAUAAUCUUUCGGACUACCUCGGUUCGUUUCAUUAGGAUGACCUCGGGUCUUUAUGUUUCCAGAUACACACAAAAAUCACAUGUAUUUCAGGCGCAGAAAAUAAAAUGUUGAACAAAG